UUGUCUUGCACUCUGAUCAAGGUGCGAAUUUCGAAAGCACGAUAAUGCAUGAAGUAUGCGAUGUAAUGGGAAUUACAAAGACCAGAACAACCGCGUAUCAUCCUCAAUGUGAUGGGCAAGUUGAGCGACAAAACAGAACAUUACAAGAUAUGUUAGCGGCAUUUUGUACAAAACAUGGCAAUGAUUGGGACUUAGGGCUAAACGCAGUAGUUUUCGCGUACAACACUAGUCGACAAGAAUCACUACAAACCUCUCCGUUUGAAAUAGUUUUUGGACGUAUUCCAAGAUUUAGGAUUCCCACUGAAAGAUCCCAGUACGCAAUCAGAGUACACUCAGUCGCUUAG